AUGCUGCUCCUCCUGUUGCUGCUGCACCUCCCCGCAACUGCCGCGGAGGACGGCCUCGCCUGGCUCUGCGACUCGCUCGACGCGCGCACCGGCGACUGCGUCGUCAGCAAACCUCGCUGCGUCACGCACUUUGCCGGCGGCGGCGCCUGUGGCGGAUCGUGCUCAGACACGCCGCCGUUUGCGCCGCACGCCGUGCGCGACUGCUCCUUUGGCGGUGGUGGAGCGCUUCGCCUCGGCCCCAACGCUUCGCUCAGCUGCGCCUUUGCCGCGCAGCUCCCCUCCUCUGGCGCCUGCAACCUGACGCUCGCCUUUGCCGGAGGCGUCUCUCUCGCACCAAACUCGAGCAUCACGGCCGCCACGGUGACGAUCCGGUCUCCCGAGGCGGCGGUGGUGGUCGAGCACGGCGCCUCCAUCUCCGCCGCCGGCCUCGGCCGCUGUGCCUCGUCGAUCGACCCGCUCUACUGGACGAGCUGGCAGACUGUGCAGCAGAUAGCGGAAGAGCGCGUGCGCGCGCGCUAUCGCUCGGUCUGGUAUGAGGAGUGCGAGGGUCGGCCGUCCGUGCUCUGGUUCGACAACGGCGCGGACUUUGACGCCUUCGCCUCCGCCGACUCUUCGAUCGCCGGCUGGCCUCCGAACGGAGCCCUCGACAUUGGAGUCAUGGGCACCAUCUCGUCCGACACCAUCGCCGUCCGCGCAGCGAGGCUGACACUCGCUGGCAAGCUGCAGGCGCCGAGACAGCGGGCGGCGGCCUCUCGUGACGCGCGAGUGUGA